AUUCAUGUGCCUGAGUACUGAAGUCGGAGGCGCUCCUCGGGUUUUGCCAGUGCGCACCACGGCAUCGCUUUGCAUCACUCUGACCGGCUGUUGCUGCGCCCGGAGCACCUGCAGGCGCGGCGGAGGGAGGAAAAUAAAAAGGGGCAAAGAAAAGAGUGCGCAGCGGCGGGGACGCUUUCAGGAGCAGAAGAAGGAGAGCUGAGGGCCGGCGGAAGGAGCGCACCAUGGCCUCAAAGGAGACCACAGCGGCGGGCUUCGUCAACGUCAGCAGGGAAAUCACAGAGAGCAUCAGAAAGGUGCUGGACAAGCAGGCCAUUAAGUUUGUGCGAGCCAUCAAACAGGACACCAGGAGUGGCAAAUCAGAGGACAGGAUUCUGGUCCUGGCAACAUGGAGACUGUAUCUCUUUGCUGUCAAAGUGCCCACCAAGGUGGAGGUCACAUUCAACUUCUUGGAAAUCAGAGCAAUGAACACUUAUCCCGAGCAUCAGGUUGUCAUCGAUACAGACAAGACCACCUACUCGCUGAGACUGCAGAGCCAGGACCAGUUGGAUCACAUGGUCAGCCACAUCAACUACGCCCUCUCUCGAGUCUUCAACAACUCCAUUUAUGCUCCUCCUAUUUGUCGAGCAGAAGGUGACCUGACCGACGGAAGUCACAAGUUUUCACCAAACUCAGAGUCGUCAUUAGAGACCCAGAAAACUUGUGGUGGUUUUUCUGAGACCUAUGCAGCUCUCUGUGACUACAAUGGAAUUGGCUGCAAAGAAGAAGUGCAGUGGGAUGUUGACACCAUCUACCACAGUCAGGACAACCGAGAGUUCAACUUACUGGAUUUCAGCCAUCUUGACAGCAGGGACUUGGCAGUGAUCGUGGCAUCCAUUGCGUACAACACCUGGUUCACCAAGCUGUACUGCAAAGACAUGCGCAUUGGGUCGGAGGUGGUGGAUCAGGUUCUGCACACAGUCAGCAAGUCCAACAGUCUGGAGGAGCUCACUCUGGAGAACGCAGGACUCAAAUCGGACUUUCCACAGAAGAUGGCGUCGGCACUGUCGGAGAACCCAGCCUCGGUGAUUCACUCUCUCAACCUGGCUCACAACACACUAGACAACCAAGGAGUGUCCAACCUGAUUCAACAAGUGUGUCGCCUCAACAAGGGCCUGCGCCUCCUCAAUCUCUCCAAGACCUCCCUGUCCUCUAAGGGUGUGGUUUCUCUAUCCCAGGCGUUGUGUUCAAGUGACGAUUAUUCCAACUCUCUGCUGCAUCUGGACCUCAGCAAAAACCCUGGGGUUCUGUCUGGAGAGGACGCCACAAACCUGUACCUGUUCCUCGCCCAGCCCAACUGCCUGGUCCAUUUGGACCUGUCUGGGACGGACUGCACCGUGGACUCGUUGUUUGGGGCCUUGCUGCGGGGCUGCUGCGCUGACCUCUCCUACCUGAACCUGUCCAAGAACUCUUUCUCUCACAGGAAAGCGAGAGAUUCUCUGCCAACUUUCCGCCAGUUCUUCAGCUCAGCGUUCAGCCUGACCCAUGUCAGCCUGGCCUCUAUGAAGGUCCCUCCUGAUUCCCUGAGGGCUCUGUUUCUAGGUCUGUCCAAUAACCCUCAUAUCACUGAUUUACAUCUGGACAUCAGCAGCUGUGAGUUGAGGUCAGCAGGUGCCGGGGUGAUUCAGGAGCUGUUUCCGCGGGUCUCAUGCGUGGGGACUUUAGACAUCUCUGAUAAUGGCUUGGAUGCUGACUUGCUGGCUGUCAUCCCAGCUUUCUCCAGGCACCCCUCCCUCAAACACCUGAUGCUAGGGAAGAACUUCAACAUCAAGGGCAGGGUGUUGGAAGAAAUUCUGCAAAAACUAGUUCAUUUGGUGCAAGAGGAAGAGUGUGCCCUGCAGUCCCUCUCUCUGGCUGACUCGAGGCUUCGCCAGAGGGGCACAGUGCUGGUCAACGCCCUGGGCUCCAACGCCUGCCUACGGAAGGUGGACCUGAGUGGCAACGCCCUGGAGGAUUCUGGGGCCAAGAUGCUCAGCAAAGCCCUGCAGAUCAAUACAACACUCAGGAGUGUGACGUGGGACCGCAACAACACCACGGCAACAGGCUUCCAAGAUGUGGCGAGAGCGCUGGAGCACAACUUUACCUUGCAGUACAUGCCCCUCCCCCUCAGUGAUGUCACUCAGGCGUACCGCAGCGCCCCAGAGAAGAUUGACCAAGCCCUGACCAAGAUCCAGCGUGCCCUGCUUAGGAAUAACCAGACUCAGCGUUUCUCUCAGAAGCAGGCUCUCAGGUUGCAUCAAGGCCUCGUCACCAGCACCGCUGAACAGGUGAUGGAGCGUCUGUGUGUGCGGGUGCAGCAGCAGGUGUGUGUCCUCAAAGGCAAUGAGGAAGGAGAGGAGGUGCAGACAGCGAGACAAAUCCUCAAAGAGGCCAGGAACUCGAGAGCUCUGUAUCCGUCCCUGUGUGAGUUGGCCCAUGUGUUGUCAGUGGACGGCCCCGUCAAACAGCGACUAGACACUCUGGCCGGGGAACUGGCAAAGGCUGCCGACAAGGAACUGCAGGUGGUGGUGGACUCCAUGGUGUCUCUGUGCCGCGAGUUGUGUCCGAUGUCCAGCUCAGCCGCUGAGAGGCUCAGCCCGCCCCUCUCGUCCAUCUCCGAACAAGUUUCGAUCCCUCGCUCGGCCAUCCGCAACGCCCUGAUGGAGAGAGCAGCUGAGGAUAUCAACAGAGCCCUGGAGGAGGUGAAGUUGUCUGUUGUCUCCUAUCUAACCAACUCCAUCGUGGAUCAGAUUCUACAAGAGCUCUACACCACUCAUAAAACGCUGGUACUGCUGCGGCAGGUGUCUCAGGCGAAACGCUGGGAUGACGUCGGGACGGGCAGACGCACGAUCAGACAGUCCAGAAUAGUCGAGUCUCUGGAAUUCCCUGAUGAAGACCUGGGCAUCAAUCUUGGGAUAGACACCAUGGCUAUUAAGAAGCGGAGCUCCAGAACCAGAAGAAUUCGUCCCGUCUCCACCAGACUGAGUCUAGGUGACGAGCCCAGUUCCUCUCCGACCCCCUCCGCUCCACCACACUCUGCCCCUCUUUCCCACUCAGCAUCAUGGGAGUGUCUGUCCACCCUUCCCACCAACGGCUCUCCCUUACGCCACGUGACCCAUGUCAGGCCACGCCCUCCGCGGAGACACAGAGCAGGGCACCUUCCUCCAGAAUCUCAUUGCUCAGAGAAUGGAGGAGUCAACAUGCUGGAGGAUGGACUGCCUGAUUUCUACAGCAAGAGAGUUCUCCCUGACAGUCAGCUGUCAUCCCUCCAUCAGGCCCAGUCACUGAGGAGGAAGAAAAGACGCAGCGUGUUGUCCAUUUUCUCUGGCUUCCGCAAGAACCGCAACUCCACCAUCUCUAAUCAGGACUCCGACAGCGCCUCAGAGAACGUCUACUCGAUGAUUCAGCACCCUAAGGACGCCGGGAGGGCAGAGAGUACUGUUCCUGGAGCGAAUGGGACCAUGCCUUCACCCAGGCCCACGCAGGGUGUACCUGUGCAUGGGAUAAGAGCUGCCAGCCCCCCCUGCCUCAUCCAACGACAGUCCACAGACCUGGUCAGCAUGGUGUACAGCUGCAUCGGGGCUGAGAUUGAGGACUCGGAUGCCAGCAGCACCUGUGACUUCAAAGCGACAGACCAAGAUGCUGACAGGUCCACCACCAUCUCAGAUGCCCCCGCAGAUACUCGGACUAACGGCCACGUGGUUUCCUCCAAACAACAGACGGACAGACAGAUGGAGACAGGCAGGCAGGAGAGGAUUGUACCCCUGACGGACGCAAGGACUGAGCUGGAGGAGGACAGACAGAGUGGAAUCAUGGCCCCCUCUGGGCCUAGGCCAGAACCACCGCCACAGAGUACCAAGCCCAGUCUGUCUGCCAUGAGGCAGAGACACCUGCAGGAGAGUUUAGAAGAGGCAGGAAGGCUGGAAUUAGAAGAAGACCAGAAUGAAAGAAAACGUGAAGAGAAGCAGAGAACACGAGGACCAGAGGGACAGCGUCCUCUUAUUCCCAAUAAGCCCGGUCUCGACCUCUCAAAAGACAAGAUCUCUCCGGAAAAGGCCAAGACCUCUCCUGAAACCUUAUCUGUCAGUCCAGGUGAGGAAGCAGCCAAUGACCAGAGGGGCAUGCCUGCUACUGAGUCCAUCAUUCAUGAGGAGGGGACCACAGAGAGGAAAAGCCCAGCAGCAUCUCCUCCAGAUCCUGCUAUCAGUCAAGAUGAGGAAGGAGGCCGUAAUGGAUUUCCAGCAACAUCGCAUCACACCAGGAAGUCCAACUCAUUUGACAUAGGCAUGGAACGGGACAGCCCCUACGAUCUGGAGAGGUCUUCAGAUCGCAGAUUCCCUGUGAAAAAGCCCUGUUUCCCCCAGUACAGAAACAGAUCUCUGGACUACCCUGCUGGGACCAGGUUAUGAAAGUCCCCACCUUGGUAACAGAGAUGCGUUAUGACGUCACCAGCGGACCAGGAGAAGUUUGCUGGGAAGAAAAGACUGGAACACUGAGGACUGGAGAGAGACAAGCUUUUAAAACUGUGUGGAUCCAACAGCAGCUUUUCUUUUUCUUUUAAUCCAUGUAAACAUUUGUUGCUGAAAAUGCAUGUACUGUAUGCUCUCUGUUUUUAACUGGUCGGAUUUGCUGUGUUUUUUCUCAGGCAUAAGGGGAGUUCUGACCUGCAGUACAUAAAGUACCUUUCACACAAACACGUCUCUCCAGUAGUCUCAUGAACUGUUGUUUUAUGCAUUUGUGCAAAAUCCUUCAAAGCUAUCCUGUCUUCUCAUCCCCUCCCUGUCUUUUACUGACAAUCUGUGAUAACUAGAAGUGAGUUUGUACUGUAUUUAUUCUAAUGGAGAUGUACAUACUGAAUAUAAAUCUGCACUAACCAUUGUGGUAACUCUACCAGUUAACAAUCAUGUUUUUAUUUGUGAUAAUAUAUCAUUUGAUAACUGUGUUUGUAAGUAUGCUUUUACUGUAUGCUGAUGUUGACGAUUGAGAAAUGUGUUACCAUGCACUUAGCACUCCCAUCUCCUCAAGAGUAUUUAAGUCAGUCAGUCAGUGGAUCACUUACAGGUUUAAUCUGAUUUUGCAGGCCUGAAAAUGAGUAUAUUUUCUAAAAAUGCUUCUAUGAAUCAGAAUAAAUAAAAUUGACUUUACACAAGGAA